AUGGUUUUGCAGGAGUUCAGCUUGGUCCGAUGUGACAGCCUAGAUACAGGGUCUGGCAGUGACAAGGAGCUGACGACCCGCUUGGACCACGGGCCUCUUUACCCACAGGUGGAGCCUUCGCCAGCGGAAUUAGCUCAGUGUGAAGCUGAAGUGGGCACACUUCUCAGCAUCAUUGCUGAAGUCAACAAAAAGAUGGGUUCACUCAAGGCACCCAGUUGCUUGCCGAUCCUUUGCAGUGAACCAGGUGAUUUGAGACCACCAAGACCACCCAGCCCUCUUUUUCCUGAUCUGCUUUCACACAGACUUGUGAGAAGCAACCCAGAAAAGCACAUUGCUGAUGAUCUCAACUGCAGACUUUCGCGGCCUUACCGAGGUUUCCCUCUAGGAGGCAGUAGUGUCAUGUGGACAGAACUCAAGGGUGCGUUGACUGCAGUGGAGGACUCCAUCAACUGCAGAAGGUCCUGGGCAGCCCCCAUCACCUCCUCUGACCGAGACAAACCAAGAGAGCAUCUCAGAGCAGCUCAGGACAGCUGGGCGAAAGCUUCCAAGAUUUUGGAGGAGAUGGAAAAGGAAUUUGGCAUUUCUUUUCCGUCAGAUGUGGCAAGAAUAACAUUUCAAGAGGUGGUCACGGAAAAGCGGGUUGACCCUUCGUCCUUACCGGCUCAACAGGUAAAACUCCAUAGAGCCCACAGUAUCAGCCACGUUGAGGAGGACAGGAGCAAGGUUGCCGUUGGUCAUCAGAGGGGAUGGAGGUCUGCCAUAUGCUCUCCUUCAUCCAGAUCUUCCUGCAUCAAUGGGCCUCUUAGUGCAGAAAGGGCCUCCUAUUCCUUUCCGAAUUCUCCUUUACUCCUCAGAAGAACUACAGCUGGAUCAUUAUCAUCAGGAGGUGACAGUGCCCCACUAAACGUUGUUAUCCCUGGAAGUCCUUGCCAAAGCCCCCAUGGGCUGGAGAAUGAGGUGGAAUGGCUCAACAGGCAAAUUGAGGGACUGAAGGCUAGGAAUGAGCGUCUGACUGUUGCUUUGGAGCGAAAGGCGACCGAGUGUGAGCAGAUCAGUGUUACACUAAAGAGGCUCGAGGCCGACUGCUCUGCCAUGCAGUUGGCUCUCAGAUACUGUGACGAGUGCGAAGAGGCCUACGGUGAACUCAUGUCUCUUUACGAUACUCAGAGGCAAGAAAGCAUUCCUCUGCAGACUGCCGGAGCAGCAGGUGCGGUUGACAGGCAACAGCCUGGUAGUCCAUCACCCCAGCACUGGAAAAUGGGAAGUGAGGAGCUGUCGACCUCUUUCACAAGAGUAGAGGUGACCGAGGAGGUGGAAACGCAUACAACACGGAGAACCCCUGAACUGACCGAUCGAGAGGUCACACUCCGUCAGUUAAUUGAGAGGCUGAAAGGUGACCGGGCAGCCAUUGGCCUCUCGAGGCCACGUGCUCAUCAGGCAGAAGUCAAAAUGACCCUGGAUGCCGUUUAUCCUGCUGGACUGAGAGUGGGGCAUUUAUCAAAAGACAACAGCAAGCAUGCCGAAAGAAAGCGAGACAAGACUUCUUUGUUCCAUGAGCUGAUCACAGCCAGAGAGGAGAUGUCGGAUCUGCGUGCUCUUAUUCGUCUGAAGGAGAAAGAGCUGAGGUGUAUGGAGUGGAAUAUGGUGGCCCAAAAAGCACAGGAAGGCACCGGAGCAUGUGUUUCUGAAAACCUCCGAGAGGAGCCGCAGGACCAAAAGACUGAACAACAGGUGGACAGUACAAACACCGACACAUUUUGCCUUUACUUUUUGAAUAAAUUGUGUAGUGAUGGCGACGCAGGCGGGCUGAGGACGAGGCCUAUAUUGAAAGAGCUGCAAGCGCUACUUCAGAGGGAACAAGUCCUAAAGAAGAGACUGGCUUUAGUUUAUGACUCACUCAAUGCAACGUUCACAGACAGCACCUCCAACAGUCGGGACAAUGACGAGCACGUUGCACGGAUUGCACAAGCUCACAGUAAGGCCUUGAGCUCGUAUAGACACAUUCGAAGAAAGUACAGAGAGCAGGUGUGGAAGCUGGAGCAGAAACUGGCAGCCAUGAUGGAGAGUCAGCAAAUACAGAGUGAAACAUCAAGGGCAGCAGGGGAAGAUUCCGAAUGGAAGAGAGAAGAGACUGUUCUGUGA